AUGUCAAAAGAAUCCCAUCAAAUAGAUACACAAGAACAAGCAAAAAUAGCGUCUUCCGGCAAGUAUUUCAUGUUAAUUAACGUGUAUGAAAAAGUACAAAAUUUGACGGAUGAUAAGGAAAUAGUUACUAGAGAUAGUUUGAAUCGUAUAUAUAGAAAAGUAGAUAAAAGGCUAAUUCCAUGUCUUUGGAGUGUUUACUUUUUUGCCUUUUCAGCUAAAUCUAUCAUUGGAAUUGCUUUGACUAUGAAUGUUUCUGAAGGGCAUUCUUUAAAACAAACACUAAAUCUCUUACCACAACAAGUUAGUACUGGUAUUACGCUCUUUUAUAUAGCCUAUGUGAUUUUUGAAAUUCCAUGCAAUUUGAUGACUAUAUAUAUUAGUCCUCGAUUUUGGAUUUCAAAGACUCUGUUAGUAGUUGGCAUUGUUUUAUUUUUUUAUACAUAUAUGAAAGAUCUUGUAGCAUUUUAUAUCCUCCGUUUUUUGUUAGGAGUAGCAGAAGCAGGGUUAUGGCCUGGAAUGGCGUAUUAUUUAAUGAACUAUUACCCACCAUAUAUAAUGGGUAAACGUAUUGGGUGGUAUUUUACUGCUUCACAGAUAUCAACUAUGACAAUUGGCUUUCUUAGUAUUGGGUUUCAGAAAAUGGAUGGUAUUGCAAAUCUAGAAGGCUAUAAAUGGAUGUUUCUAUUAUAUAGUAUUGCAACAAUAAUAGUUGGAGUCGUUACGAUGUGGUUGUUGCCCCAAACACUAACAGAAGCAUCUGUAACUGAAGAAGAAUUGCAUUCACCAUCAUUCAUAGUAAGAAUGUAUAAAAGAAUAAAAAAAACAACAGAAAGACCUUUUCUUACAGAAGACGAAAAACAACUUCUUUUAUCAAAUAUAUCUCUUAAAAAUCGUUGGAAAGUUUAUGAUCUUGUAGUAGCAUUUAUUGAUCCAAGAAUAUGGCUUUUAAUUUUUAUGUAUUUUGGAGGAAUGGCAUUUGGCAUUGGUAUUAAAAAUUAUGGAAGUUUAAUUAUUCGAUCUCUCGACACAGAAAUGUCUAGUCUUAAGAUAAGUCUUCUCUACGCUAUCGUUUGGAUUGUCAAUCUUAUUGGUGUUUUGGUCAUUCUACCUGCUUCUGAUCAUUAUCGUUCACGUAUGUCUUUCUAUAUUUCUUGUUCUAUAGUUAUUAUAAUCGGUAUACUUAUUUUAACAUAUGCACACAACAAAUGGUUGCAAUAUUCAGGUUUAUUAAUUUCCAUAUUUGCAACAGGGCCUCUUAUUCCUAUUUGUAUGGCGUGGUGUGCUCAGAUAUUCAGUAAGGAAACAAAGCUUAAUGUAGCAGCAACCUCUGCUUUACUUACUGGUAUGGGUAAUUUAGGAUCUAUUUUCACAUCAUAUACUUUAUACGAAGGAAUGCCUGGAAGAGAUGGAUACAAGAAAAGUAAUAUUGUUCUUUGUGUUGUCAUGGGUAUGAGUAUUAUAGCUUCUUUGAGUCAAAAAGCACUGUUGAUGUAUUAUUCUAAAGAAACAAACUAA